AUGAGAAUACCCUAUACGGGUCCAUUGCCUCCUCCAUCGAUUCUUCCACGAAGUGCAAAUUCCUUACCGGGAGCUAUCGCCGCCCUGUCGAGAUUCCUCACUGCCCCGCCUUCACAUAACCUUCCAGUUGGAGUAGCAGAUCCACAGUCAACGGUAAUUUUGUCAGGAGCCGGCAUUUCUGUGGCUUCGGGAUUGGCAGAUUAUCGAGGUUCGAAAGGCACAUAUGUGCUGAACAAAUCAUAUCGACCUGUCUACUACCAUGAAUUUCUUGCGAGCGACCAGGCGCGUCGAAGAUAUUGGGCGAGGAGCUUCCUAGGAUGGACAAAUCUAUACAAAGCCAAGCCUAACCCCGCCCAUUAUGCUAUCAAAGACCUUGCCGAUAUGAACAUUGUAAAGCGGGUGGUUACACAGAACGUUGAUUCAUUUCACUCGGAGGCACAUCCAAAUUUGGCAACUGUUGAACUUCAUGGAUAUCUUCGAGCUUUGACAUGCGUCACCUGCCGAAAAGACCUACCUCGAGAUGUUUUCCAAAGAUCUUUAGCAAAAUUAAAUCCAGCAUGGGCGGCAUUUUUAGCUGAAAUACUUGAAUCUGGAGCUUUAACUACGGAAGACCCAGAAGACCGUCGAGCAAAAGGCAUGAAGGCGAAUCCUGACGGAGACGUUGACGUGCCCGGAGCACCAUAUGACACCUUCAGAUAUCCGGCAUGCCCUCAUUGUCUUGAAAAUCCUCCACUUUUGAAAGAUGGAUCGCAAUCGAUUGUGGAAGUUGAUCAGGAAGGGGCUUGGAAAGAAACAAGUACGGCGGGUAUAUUGAAGCCCGCCGUGGUCAUGUUUGGGGAGAGCAUAGAUGCACAGGUAAAGGAAGCUGCCGAACAAGCAAUAGAUGAUUCUGGCAGGUUGUUGGUAUUGGGAACUUCUCUUGCUACGUAUUCUGCUUGGAGGUUGGCACGGCGCGCUCAGGAUAGAGGCAUGCCUAUUGCAAUUUUGAAUUUGGGCGGCGUCAGAGGUGAAGAGACUUUCUUUGAGAAUCUCUCUGGUGGCCAAACUGGAGAAUUUGGCGUAAGAGCCGAAUUUGGAACGGACAAAGUCCUACCCGCACUUAUUGAUCAAUUAAAUCGGAUCGGCUUCACGACUGGGAAUGACGACGUUCAAACUCCCUACGAAGCACGACAGAAAAACAGCGGUAUGUUCAAGGACAUGCUGUCGUAG